AUGAUUUCUGCCGACAGGACACUCCGUGUUUAUGACCCUUGUCUCUCAAAUCCAUGUGGUUCGCAUGGAAGCUGCCGAGCUAUUAAUAACCCUCCAGGGGUCAAGUACAGAUGCCAAUGCGCUCCUCACUUCUAUGGUCCAAUGUGUGACGUACCCGACCCGUGUUUGUCUAAUCCAUGCUAUAACAACGGCACCUGCGAAGCCAGUUUUCGUACGUACAGAGGUGCACGAUUCGAGUGCACUUGCAUACAUGAGUUUUUCGGUGACAGGUGUGGCGAUGAAGGAUUUUGUUUAUCAUUACAACCGUGUUUGCAUGGCGGCACAUGUACUUCGACUGGUCCUGACGGUUACACUUGCGACUGCUUGCCCGAGUAUUACGGUCCAGAAUGUCAAAUACCUGACCCAUGUCUAUCCAUUCCAUGCUUACACAAUGGAGUCUGCAACUCAUUAGCAUCGGGGCUAGACUUUACGUGCAUUUGUUCAACUGAAUACUAUGGUCCUCGCUGUACCUUAAAAGUCGAAGACGCAUUAGCCUCCUGCCAAGCCUACAUCGCGACAAGCGUGUCGUUUGGAAGUGGAAACUACAAAAUCAAACCGCACUGUACAGCCACAUUGGCCGGUCCUAUGGAUGUUUACUGUGACCAGGAAUCGAACGGCGGCGGAUGGAUGAGACUCUUUACUAAGCCUCGGGCUUGUUCCUCGUCCGAUGACCUAACCUGGACUACCGAUCUGAUCCGCUGCCUUGGGUUAGACUCCAACAUUGUUGGGGUUGCAAUGACCCGAGCCUCGUCAGCAAACCGAACCUUGUGGGUUUCCGACGAGGGGCUAUUAAAGGAUCCGGCAAUUCCCGAGGCUGACGUCAUCGCCAAUCUGGCCAAUUGCAAAACGCCAUCUGGUGCUGACUGGAGACAGAAAUACACGGGUGGUUAUGUGUUGUUUGAGGGCGUCCUUCCUUCAAUCGGAGACUCAGGGGCCAUGCUUGGAGGAUGCAGCUCCACUGCUAGGAUGAGGAUGUCCCUUAUCUUUGACGAGGAGUACGUUUCUGACGUCCAGGGUACUUACACUUUGUCGUGUCUAAAUGAAGACGGUAACUGGAUCGUCGUCUUACAAUGGGAUUGGGACGAUGUGGACGAGAUUUGGAUCAAGACCGAGGCGACACAACAGACGAAUUCAAAAUAGCCAUUGUAUGAAAUGAAGACCCUUAAAAAAAAAAAACCUCUCAGAACUGAGGCCCUCGGUUUCAGUGCCAAAUUGAAAUACUCUAUACGCAAGUUAAACCUUACCGGUGGAUAGACCAACCUACUAAGCCCCGCCCAAUGAUGUAUUGGCCAAUAGCAGCCGUGAAUGUCCGACAUGCAUGCACAAAAUACUGCCCGACAUGUGUGCACUUGCAAAUGACGCGCGCCCACGGCUGGAACGCGGAGUGUGGUAUGUAU